UUCCGCCAGCACACCCAUCCGAGAGAGCACCGCAGGAGAACGAGUGUGGGAGAACAGCUGCCGCAACAACAUCGCCGUUGGGCCACGAUCAUCUAGCAUCAGUCAACGUCGUCUCCGCCGAGCAAUCUUUCCGGCCGAAAACAUGUGGCAUCGAGUCUCGAGAUUUCCCCAGGACGGGAUAAGGAAAAGGUAUGGUAGAAUCUACGAAGGCCAAAAAGAAACAAGUACAUCUCGCAGGUCUGAAACCGGUAGUCGCGUGGGCGUUGUGAAACCGACUCAGUUCGGUUCUGAUCCGAGUCCGAUGAUACAACUGGACGACUUACCGCCUCGAUCUCCGCCGCCGCCUCCGCCUAAACCGACGCGUGGCCCUGGAGAAAAAACGAGUUCGUCACGCGAUCACCAAGAUCCGUUUACUCAGCCGCACUUCUUUGAUUUCGCUCCAACAUACAUGCAGGAAUAUGAUUUCGACGACGAAGCCGGGAUAUAUCAUCUGAUCGCGUCCGAGACGAGAUACGCUGAGGUUCCGCUUACUGUGCUCUUAACCCAGAACGAUCCCUCGUUCCCAGAAAAGCCUGCGCCCAAAUUCAAGCCCAUGCCCCAGAAUAAGCCCGCGUCCAAGGGAAAUCCCAUGGACCGGCCCGCUCCGACUACGAAGGAAGGCAAUCCCACGGCCAAGGACAGUUCCACGGCCAAAGGCGUUCCCGGGGCACAGACCGCUCCCAAGACACAGAGGAUUUCUAUCAACGAGAGUGUGAACUGGGCCCAGAAUAUGUACGGAGCCCAGACGAUUCCCGGGACCAACAGGAAGAAAGACGAUCAUGACCAUGAAUUUCUCGGAAAACUGCGUAUCACUCGUAUCUGGUCGUUGACCGAACACGUGGAAUAUUUCGUAUAAACGGAAACAGCGGAACUGAAACAAUGCCAUUACAAUUAUCAUAAUCAUAUUAUUAGAAUUAGUAUUUAUAGUUGUCAUAUGAGCUUAACGUGUAUAAUUAAAUACUGCGGUCGGGAUGCACUUGCCGUUACUUAAAAUACUUUGUAUUACCGUUGCGCAUUUCACCCGAAACGCUGUGGAUUAAAUUAGUAAUUUUAUAUUUUAUAUCGUCGGCAUAUGUAUUUUUUAACGGAUUUUAGGAAUCAAGGCAAUUUUUUAUUUUUAUAACUUUCAAAAAUAACCGUCGA